CGUAUAUAAAGCAACCCUAAAUCCCCUCAUAUCGCUGUUGCUAUUCACUCUCAGCGCCGUCACAAUUAGGGUUUCUGCGCCUCCCUCAGAUUUCAACAACUAUCUUCGACAUACGCAUAUUGACAGUAUACAGAUAUGGUGGACGAAGGAGUUAAAUCACGGGAUCCGAUUUUCAGAGACAUCCGUCGAUACUAUUGUGAGUACUGCGGGAUUUGUAGAUCCAAAAAAACCCUAAUCGCUGCUCACAUCCAAUCUCAACACGCGGAGGAAUUAAAGGAGAAGGAGCUGAAUGAAGAAACUGAUAACGGAGAGAAAUUAAACAAGUGUGAAGAAUGCGGUUUGAAUUUCUCAAAACCUGCUCAUCUUAAGCAGCAUAUGCAAAGCCAUUCGCUCGAGAGGCCAUUCAUAUGUUCGGUGGAUGACUGCGACUCUAGUUACAGAAGGAAGGACCACUUGAACAGACACAUGCUUCAACAUCAAGGGAAAUUGUUUGAGUGCCCGGUUGAGAGCUGUAAACGGACGUUUACUCUACAGGGUAAUAUGACACGUCAUGUGAAAGACUACCAUUAUGAAUCUGCUCCUACAGACACUGAGCAACCUAAGGGAUCUGACUCUGCAAAGUCUGAUGAAUAUGAGGAGUCUCAAGAGAAAUUGCUUGAAUGUCCUGUUAAGGACUGUAAGCGGACUUUUAAAUCUGAGGGUCACAUGGCAUGGCAUGUGAAAGAGUUCCAUGGCGAAUCUGCUUGUGCUGAUGUCAAUCAUCCUAUGGAACAUGUGUGUGCAGAGCCUCAUUGUGGAAAAGUGUUUAGAUAUGCCUCCAAAUUGUGUAAACACGAGGACUCUCAUGUCAUGUUGGAUUCUUCGGAGGCUUACUGUGCUGAACCAGGCUGUAUGAAAUAUUUCUCAAAUGAGAGGUGCCUCAAGGAGCACAUACAGUUGUGCCAUCAAUACGUUAUGUGUGAUGAAUGUGGCACGAAACAGCUGAAGAAAAACAUUAAACGUCACAUGCGCAUGCAUAAAUCAGAACUAAGUUCUACAGAAAGGAUAAACUGUAGUGUCGAAGGAUGCUCACUAACAUUUUCGACUACAUCAAAUCUCAACAAGCAUAUGAAGGCCGUACACUUGGAACUUAAACCAUUUGCUUGCGGCAUGCCUGGCUGUAACAAGAGAUUUGCAUUUAAACACGUGAGAGACAAUCAUGAAAAAUCAGGGUGCCACGUCUAUACUCCAGGGGGUGAUUUUGAGGCAUUUGAUGAGCAAUUCCGCUCGAGGCCAAGAGGUGGCCGAAAGAGGAAUUAUCCAGUUAUUGAGACACUGAUGCGGAAGAGGAUCAUUCCACCCAGUGAAUCAGACCUUGAUAGGAACGACGGAGGCGAUUCCCCAUCAUGUCAAUUCUCAAAUUAACAAAUCUAUAGUUAGAGGUAUAUUUUGUACUAUAUAUGUUAAGAUGUACAGUAGUUACAUGUAGCAGUGUAUGUGCCACGAUAAAUAUAUUUUGGAAUAUUAUGUCCGUUUUGCUAGGA